GUGACGUCAACGGCUCGCGGACUGUUCGCUUGCGAGCGAAAAGAAGUCAAGGGAACGUUUACGACUGAGUCUUCUGUAUAAUCCUUAAAAUUUUCGGCCAUCCUAGGGUUUUCGAAGUGGAGUUGCCUUCAUCUUGACCAGGGAAAACACUAAAUGUAAGUUGAAUCGCAUCGUUGUAGUGUUAUUCUGUUUUCUUUUUCAUGACACUGUCGUUUUGCACCAUAGUCUGUUAUGUUUUUCAGUGCAUGACAGUUUGUGGAUUACAAGCCACAGUAAAUCGUUUUCCCGCAGGUUUCGGUAUAUGCAUUUUUGUAGAACAUAUAUCCUUAGCGAAGGCCUUGUUAAGCUAAAAAAGAGACUUGAAAAACGGCAUAAACAUCAAUGUUUACGACCUGAUCGUGUGGGAGUGUGCAGUAUAAUUAUAUUACAUGAAUGGAAAAGAAUUUCGAUUCCUUUGCGUUAUAUUCCUGCUGCUGUUAUCGACUUGCCUCUAUUUUUCCCCAUAGUUUUAAGUAAACAUUGAUAGAGAAGGUUUAUGCCUUUCAGUGCUUUAAAAAGGACACGAAACUUGCAAGUGCGUCGAUCUGCUUGAGCCUCGGAAUUCCAUUUCCUGUCGGCAGUGUCAGUGAGUGGAUUUGUAGUUUCGCGCCGACGUAAUCGGUUGUACUACGCUAGUGUUCCAAUCCUUUCCUAUUUUCUAGCUAGCAGAUAAAAGACAUUGUUUGUGUUUUGUAUUUUCAGUCUCCUUUUGCUUUGCGUUUUUGGUUUAGGCUCGAUUUACUCGAGUCGGAAGUUGAAACUUUUGUCGUAAUUGAUCGAUCGAUCGACAGAACCAGUUGUGUCGUGUCACUUCAUUGAUUCCCUCUGUCUUCAUGUUCUUUGACACAAUAAAACCACCGUAGUAUUGCCCAGCUUUAUAUUGUAUUCUGAUUUUCCAUUUUUAUCAUGAAAAUGCAGUUGAUACUGCAUAAUCGUUGUGAAAAAAAUCUUUGCCUGUAUCAUCUCCCGGCCUCAACGAUUGUUUACAUUGAAGAUUCCGUGAACUGGCUUAGUUAUAUUCAAACAAUUUUAUUCGUGUUGCGUUUUCCUGAGCUAAGACUCCGUUCUAAAUGGUUUAGGAGAUUAAAUGGAUAGGCUGUAUGUUACGCUAUCUUGACUUAGUAUUUCUCUUUUAGUCUCUAUUUAAAAUUUCAGCAACAAAAUACUGUCACGUCGAAAACAUUAACAAGCUUAUCUCUUCCUUUACGAGUCAAAAGCGUAAUGAUAUUUGAUUUCAGUUUUUCGUUUUGCUACUUUAGUGCUUUUAAAUGUUAUUGAUGUUGUUUCGUUUUGUUUAUCAUGGAUGCACGAUUCGACAUGCAGUAAUUUUUAUAUGCAUUAAUUUUUCUGUUUGUGUGACAUAAACAUACAUCAUUUAAUACAACUGCAGGAUCAAUUGUAGUCGACCUUGCCCGUUUUGAAAAAGCUUGUUACUCGAGAGAGAUGUGCCCGAGCGCGUUGUCAAUGAAACUUUUCCUUCAACAAAUCCAGUAAAUUACUUCAAAAUUGCUCAUGCCAAUGUUGUCAUGGCUUGAAGGUCAUGUACAUGUACACGGUAGACUGUGAUGCUUCGGUGCCUGUCAACCAUAUCUACCGACACUCGUCUUGUGGCAUGCCACGUUGAAGUCAAUGUUGUAGGAAGGAAAACGAUAUUGAGACUGGUUCAUUUUAAGAAUUGGGAGAGAAUUAAAUCAAGUAACAAAUUUUUGUGAUCAUUAGCAAAGGUCAAUGGGGAAUGUUUUGUGCCUCAAAUAUAUCAUACAGAAGUUACUUACAAACUUUUGUACCUGCAUUGCUUUUAUUUCACUGUUAUUCACACCCCUUCAUGCAAAACUUUGAGUGGUUUUUACAUAGGUACUCCAUUUGUUAGCUACAAGUACGAUGUCAACACUCUUGUCUUUAGCCAUACAGCAUAUUUAUUUUUCUUGUAAAAUGGCUCUGGCAUGGUGAUAGACAUGCACUGUAAUUUAAUUUGUACUUAUUUGACCCGAAAGUCACCAACUGCAGGGAUACUUUCCUGUGUGGUUUCCUCAUUGCAAGAUCACAGCUACAUAUUGUCUCUAUUAACCUAGGUACUUAGAUGGAUGCACCUGACUAACUUGCCAUUCGUAAUAAAAUUUACUCAUCCCUCUUAGAUGAUGCCAACAGCCAGCUCUUUUUCUUCCUACAUCCAUUUAUGUUUUGUCUCUCUUGUAUAGCUUUAUACUGGAAUUUGCUUGUCACAAACAACAACAAAUACAUCUAAAGUUCAUUCCAUUCACUGCAUCUUUUAGCCUUUCUUCUUUUAAGGAAAAUUUGUGAGUUCUUCUAUUAAGACAUGACAUGUGAGCUUCUCAUCCUGGGGAUAUAAAAAAAGACAGUUUGAGGUUGUUUUAACACUGUUUAUUUACUUUGGUUGCAAUAUAAACCUUUUUUUUCUCUUAUUAUUUUAGAUAAACAUCCAAAGGCUCAAGUCACAUCAUACUGUUUGAAUGAGGCUGUGGAGCAAGACAUGAAGAGGGUCCGUCCUGAAGACCACGACGGUGUAUAUGGUCAAAACAGGCAGAGUUUCCGCCCUCCCCCUGUUCUUGCCCCAGCUCCUGUUGGCAUGACAACUAAUUAUGAACAGCUGCAGCAAGAUGGAUUAGGCGGUUUGGCACAAUUUCCUGGGGCAGCACAGAUGGCAGGGACUCCAGGUUAUCAGUAAGUAUCUUAUGUACCAGCUAUUUGUUUUGUGUUUGUUUUGUUUGUCUGUUUUUUUGUCAUCUUUAAUAGUGGAAAAACUUCUUGAGACAAAUUUUUAGAGGAUAAGCGCAAAACCUCACUCUUUACUAGAAUGUUGAGUCCAUGCUCUCUGAUUGUCUCCUAAGUGUCAAUUUGUUUUGCAUAGUGAGAGUGAGGUGGGGGGGGGGGGGGGAGUCAGAGGAGGGGGAAGAGCCAAGAGGCAAGUAUAGCAAAUUUUUACUCACAAACAGUCGUGUUCCAAUUUCAUGUUACAGUAGUGGUCCAUUUUUGAGUUUGUAUCAGUGUGGAUUUAUUUGCUGCUUAUGUGUAUAGCCAUUGCAUUUGCCUGUAAUGGCUUUUUUUUCACUGGGCAAGUGCGCCAUUUAUAUGAGUAUGCUGCAAAUUUUUUAUCUAUUGUAUCUGAUUCUUAAAGUGCCCAUCACCUAAAAUUUUAUAUUUUCUUAUCUGAAACUAUAUCUUACUAAAAUAACUUUUGCGAAAAAAUUUUGCCAUUUCAACAAAACGCGAUUUUUUAACCAAUUUUUGAAGUCGACAUUUUUGCGGUACACCUGCAAGAAGAGAGUUUUUCUGAAACAGAAAAACCUACCAGAACUUUUAAUGUUUUCCUGUAGAUAAAGUCACGUGUUCCUUAAAGUCCGUCAUGACCCGAAAGAAGACUAAGACGAAUGGUGUGCCAAAAUGCCAGCAAAUUUGAACGUUUUUAAAAAAUUCUAAAAAAAUUUUUUUCACAGAAGUUAUUUUAAUAAGGUGUAGUUUCAGAUAAGAAAAUGAAAAAUUUUAGGUCAUAGGCACUUUAAGCAAUACUGAUGUUUUUUUUUUUCGCUAAGUUUGUGUACACAUAAAUAAAUUCAUUUGUUUCAGAGGAGUACUGAUAAAAUAAUUAAUGAUUUCCCUACACGUUGGGACAGUGCAAUUUUUUUCUCACUGUGUUGUUUUCCUCCCCUCAAAACAGUGUUGCAUAGUAAGCAGUCAAAUCAGUGAGCUAAGACAAGAAAAACAUAAUGUGUUAUGGUUUUCUUAUAUUUUGUUCUUCCUGUAUUCUUCAUCUGAUUAUUGCAGCAUUAUCAUUCUUUUUCGUUAAGUAAUAAGUGAUUAGUACAUGUACCUGCAUGCUUUGCUGCUUUGGACAACUGAUUUUGAUUUUUUCUGUUUUAUUUUCAGAGUUCAAUCCCAGACUUCACAGUCACAUCCUCAUGUACAGAAUCCAGCUUCAGCCCAUCACCAGGUGAGUUGAUCUAUUAUCCACAGAAUUCAUUGUGCUUUCAUGAAAAUUGUUGAGGUACAUGUAAUUUUAUUAUUUACUAUUUUAUUCUUGUAUAUGGCUGCACAGGAAAAAUUUUUUUUUUUCAAUUGUGUCCACCUAUGGUUUACAUCCCCUAGUUAUUCAAAAGGUGAAUAAUGCACACCAUCAGUGGAUAAAUCUCUAUCCACUGGAUAGUGCAGUUCGUUUCCUUAAUACUUACACUGUAUCUGUCAGAUAGUGACGUUCAAACAGAGGACAAUGCUAUCGAAAGGAUACAUCUCUGUCCAUUGGACAACACAUUGAUUUCCCUACAUACAUACAUACAUACAUACAUGAACUUUAUUAAAGUGUCAAGGUAUUUAGCUUAAAGCUAAUUGUGGACACUGAAAAAAAAUAAAAUGAAUAUAAUAUAAGAUUAAAUCAAGUAUACAUAAAAAUAUUAAAAAUAUAUCAUUAAAAUAUUAUUAAUAUUUAAAAAUAACAUUAAUAUACAAAAUUAUUACAGACAAACAGCAGCAGUAUAUGUAAAAGUAUUAAAAAUAUAUCAUUAAAAUAUCAUUGAUAUAUAAAAAUAACAUUAAUAUAUAAAAUUAUUACAGACAUAUACUUAUCCUCUGGAUAGUAUUUUAUCCAAUGGAUAACGCUAUCCAAUGUUUGAACAACCAGGCCCACUGUACUGUUUAUAUUUCAGGGCCAGGCUCAGGUGCAUGUACAAGCUCAGGCUCAAGGACAACAGCAGCAGUUCCAACGAUUAAAGGUAGAUUUCUUGAAGUGUGAACCAAAGAAAGUACUAUCCAGAAGUUCUGCUUAAGUUCCUUAAUACGGGUACAAGGGGUAUAGGGAAAAGGUUAAAAUGUGGUGUUUGAUCUUCUUGUUGUUUCUUUGUUGUUUAUAACUUUGUUGCAAUUCCUUGAUUUUUACCACUUUGCUGACUUGAUGCUGUCUAUUCUUCAGUAGUUACACCUAUAUAUAUUAGCAUAUGCAUGUAAUCUGUACGUUCAUUUAUGGUGUUUUUAUUAAUUUUGUAAGGUGGAGGAUGCCCUGUCAUACUUGGAUCAAGUCAAACUUCAGUUUGGAAACCAGCCACAAGUGUACAAUGAUUUUCUGGAUAUUAUGAAAGAGUUUAAAUCUCAAAGGUAUCUUGAAGCGUAUUUUCAAAGCAAAACCCAUUUUAAAGUUUCAUACUAAGAAAAGGGGGUUGGCUUUAUAAAUGAUUCUGUCUAUUUCACUAGCUGUUUUUUGCUUUCUUUAUUUGACACUUAACACAUAUGAUUGCCAAGGACAGUGGGCAGAAAAAUAAUUUUCACAUCCUGCCAUCAUUUAUCACUUUAGAAACAAGAUAGAACUGGGCCCAAUUAACUUUUGCAAAGACUUUUGGGACUGUUACUAAGGACAGGGAAAAAAUUGGCCAAUAGCUGACUGGCAUGUCCCCAGUAACAAUCCAAGAAACAAUUUAUUGCGAGGCGCAUUUCAACUCCAGUUCCCUUCUCGUUUCUAAAGUGACUAAGCCAAUUGACUAACGUAAACAGCGAGCUCUGUGAUUUUGAUGUCCUUUUGAAGAGGUUUUAGUGUAUGCUCUUUGUGGUAUCUUCCUUACAUUUACUCACCCUCACCAUUUACUCAGAAAUGCAAAGUAACUAAUGUCAGGUGUCCUGUUGGAUGUAAAGAUAAAUAGAGUGGCCUAACAGAUAAUUUAAAAACUUUCCUGUUUGAGUGGCUUUAAUAGAGUUUUGUUAUUUAGAAAUUGACUUCAAAUUAAAUUUGUGGUUUCAUUUGUUUACAUGAAGGCUCAUGCAUCUUUAUUUUGACUGAGACUUCUGGAUUCUUGGCUGGGACUCAUGAUUUUUCAUGCGAUGGCAAUUUGCGGCAAAAUUACUGCAAAGCAUUUGUUAUUGUUCAACAAGCCACCUCACAGUUUGUUCUUUUUAAUCCAGUAUAAUCUUCUCUAGCCUUAGCUGUGUAAAGCUUUCAUACCUCCAGCGUGCAAAGAAAGUAGUGUCCGAUAGCCCGGGCUAGUGGAUUUUGCUUUCGGGCUAGUGAAUUCUGUUCUUAACUUGUCCGACAGGCAAGUGAAUUUUUUGGGGAAAUUCAAAUUACAGAAGGAUGGUAAUCAAUCCUGCUAAUCAAAAAGGGUUUUGGGGCUACUUGAAAUGACUUGUGGGCUAGUACAUGCUAGCUACAGCUUGCCCAAAUGGCAGGCUGUAAAACUGACUUUCUUUGCACCCUGUACCUCAUCUCUCUGCUCUGCUGUUUUUCUCUGUUACCAAGCUAAUUACAAAUUGUUUUGUAUAUUUUUUGCAUUAUGUUCUUUUUUUUAUUUUAUUUUUUCCCAGUAUUGACACCCCAGGAGUGAUAAGCAGAGUAUCAUCGCUUUUCAAGGGACAUCCAGAACUUAUCGUAGGUUUUAACACCUUCCUUCCUCCUGGAUACAAAAUAGAGGUGCAUGCUAGUGACCCUGGAACUGUAUCAGUUACAGCACCAAAUGGACAGUCGCAGAUCACCACUCUCAUCCAAACUAAUCAGCAUCCGGUAAGGGUAUACUCAAACUGGUAGGAUUGAAAUGUUAUUCCAGUUGGCUUAUUUUAUUUAUAUGUAUGUGUUAAACAGGUUAUCGGCCCUACCUAAAAUUAUUGUGACCUUGAUCAUAAUUAAUAAUAAUAAUAAUGAUUUGGAGGUAGCACAUCCACAAAGUGGUUCUUCGUCUACCUGAUUCCUUGUCGAACUGGAAUUUGGAAGUGUUGGUUUUCAAGGAGAGGGGAGAACCGGAGUACGCGGAGAAAAACCUCUCGGAGCAAAGGAGAGAACCAACAACAAAUUCAACCCACAUAUGGCAUCAACGCCAGGAUUUGAACCCAGGCCACAUUGGUGGGAGGUGAGCGCUCUCACCACUGCACCAUCCCUUGCUCCCCCUUGCUUACAAAUUGAAACAUAUUAUACUAGGUUUUAGGUUUUUGUUAAAAUUGAUUGAGUUAUAGAUCAAGGGUGAGGUUCACCAUUGGUGAAUGAUCUUGCCACUUUGGUUAGACGUCUCUGAUCAACACAUGUAUAACUGAACAGACACAGCAAAAAGCAGUCUAUUUGUUCCUUCCUAUAACAGAAAAGAAAACCUAGCUUUGAAGGAAUUGUUUGUGGGCAUUGUAUAAAUCAGUUUAGUUAUUUUUGAUUUCUUACUUGUCAACAUCUUGUGCUUAUCUUCAAGACUUUGCAUGUUAAAUUAUCCCUAAUAAUCAUGUUUAGAUUUCUAAUCUUUAAACCAAUCAAAAAUUCUUCACAACAUUCACCAUGUGUUUGUCUUCUUUCAGGUCAUAGAUCAUAAUGGCUUGACAGAAUGAAUAAGUAUUGAUAAUAAGGUUUGUGUUAUGAUAAAUUAUAGGUCCAUCAAUCAAGUAGCCAACAGGCACAGCAACAACAGCCACCUCAGCAGAAACAACAACAACAGCAGCAGCAGCAGCAACAACAACAACAACAACCCCUUCAGUCACCUACUGCUCAGCAAGGACAGGUAUAUACCACUGUUAUACGUAUGCUGUAGCAACUCCAGCAGUUUGAGCCAUAUUCUAUAUUAGUGUUGAAAGUGUGAAGAACAGUGAUAACAUUUACCACAGUUAAUGUACUGAUUCCCUGCAGGAUUUCAACCCAUGACGUAAUGUUAAAGUGUACAUCUAGUCUGUAGGCUUAAAUCUCAUUGCUGACUGUGCUUAAGAACUGUUUGUUUCUUUGUAGGGUCAACAACCUGUAGAGUUCAACCAUGCCAUAAAUUAUGUAAACAAAAUCAAGGUUAGUGCAGAUGUGUUGUUGUUUCUAGCGAUAGAAUAUUAUUUUGACUCUGGUCCACUAAGAAACUGAUGCUGUAGGCUCUGACUUUCAGCUCUUUAAAAAACGGCUGAUAUUCUUCAGGUGUAUGAACCUAGAAUUACAAUUACAUAUAAAAGAAGGAUGCCGAGCAAUUAUACAUAUAAACCCUCCACAUCUCCAAAUUUAUCAGGGCUCAUGAAAAGUUCCUUAGAAUGAGCGACUAUCGAGCUUCUUCAAAUCCGAGAAAUUGUUUUGUUUUUUUUACAACAAUGCUCCACAAAGCAAAGCUGUCACAGUGAAUAACACUAGAAAAAUCCUUUCCUGCCUGACACCUACCCUCGUCCAGCCUGACGCAUCCAUUGCAUCAGUUUUGCGUUUGCAUUGUUCCUUUUGUUCUGGCCUGCACUGUAUAUGUAGGUCAAUCAGUCAAUCAAUUGUUAUCAACGCAUGAUAACAAGGAAACUGAAGAGUGACCCAACAAGUGCAAUUGAUAUUGUGAUGGUAAUCUUUAUUUCAGAACCGAUUCCAAGGGCAACCUGACAUCUACAAGGCUUUUCUGGAAAUUCUUCAUACAUACCAAAAGGAGCAGAAAAACAUUAAGGAGGCUGCCAUGCAGGGAACUCCACUGUCUGAACAAGAGGUAUAAUGUUAAUUGUAUUCCUUUCUUUUUGGAAGUGGAAAGUUGCAUUUCAUCUGCUUAGUGAUCAGUGUUCUUCAUCAAUAUCAGGCAAUGAUGUUGACUGGGCUCACAUUUUCUUCUGUAUAGUAAGCUGUGAUUAGUGGACAUUCUUUCAUGAAGGUGCUCCCUCUAGGGUUCACUGCCUUGUCGGUCUUUGUCCUUGUGUCCUUUUCUACUUUUAAGACAUUUACACUUGGGGAUCUUCGUGUACUUCUCAUCUACCAGAUAGCUUGGUGUUGUUAAGUUACUGCAACAUAAUUGAUGCUUAUGCCACUUCCUUUUUCUAUUUUUAGAUCUACAUGAGAGAAGCUAAACUUGCGAAUGAGGUAAACAAAAAAUUUGUUUUUUUCAUAUACCCACAUUGCCAAGUGGCUACUGGUAGACAGAUACUCCAUUUGCUUGGUCUGUGUAUAACUUCAUUUACACCGUUGCUCAUUGUGGGCGCAGUGUGGCUGAGUGGCUGUACAGUUCUGGACUUCAGCUCAUUUGGCCCAGGUUUAAAUCCCACUGUUGGGGGGCUUCAGUAUAAACUACCUGAUCACUAGUACUUCUGUCAUAAAGUCUUUGAAAACGAAAAAACAUUUCUGUGGCUCAAACAAGGUUAAAUCAAUGUCUUUACAUUCUUUUUGGUUUUAGGGUGAAAUCUUGACUUUGCUUGUAUUGCUACAUUUGUGGUAUUUUUUGAGUUCAAACACUCUGUAGUCUUGGUUGUAGAGAGCCAGGGGUUGGGGUCUCACGUUUUCUUUUUCUUGUUGCAGGUCUAUCAACAAGUUGCCAAGUUGUUCCAGAACCAGGAGGAUUUACUCCAAGAGUUCAGUCAAUUCCUUCCUGAUGCAAAUGGUGCAGCCUCCAUGCCAGGGGUAAUUUCUUCAUUAUUAAAUUAUUUUAAAUUUGUAUCAUCGUGAGGGCAAUAUAGAAGAUUACUUACAUUUCAGCCCCAAAAUAAGUGUUGAAAUAUAUCAGGUUUUUAUGGUGUGAAAAUAACCUUUCCCAUUUGGUGACUUGAGUUCCCAAGUUAUGUACUGUAUAGCCCAAAGGUUAAACAUUUGGUUUAAUGAAGAUCUUUGAAUGACCAAUUCAUCACUGUAUUUUCUGCAUUCAAAUAUUGGAUAUUGAAUUCGUGCUUAUCACGUUGGAGUCAUGAUUAGUGCCCUGGGUUGUCUCAGAUUAUUGUUCCCUUGGACUUAACUUAAGGUUGGAAACUGUUGCCAGAUGCCAGAUGUUGUUGUGUUUUGUUUACUUGCCUAGCACAGAUUUUGCUUCUUCUCUUUUUCCAGGGUCUGUUAUCAUCGAGUAGACUUCAGUCCCAUUUAUCAUCAGCAAGGAAUGAGUAUGCUCCUCCUGCCAAAAAACCUGCAGGUUAUUUCAACUGAAUUAAUUAUGAUUGUGCAUGUUGCUUUUCAUUGUUAAUCCUUCCCCGAAAAUAGUUGUGCUUACAAGGUUGCAUGAAGAAAGGUCCUAAGUGAUUUUUGAUCUAAUAUCGAAUUUUCCACAUGAUUUACACUCAUACACGAUAAAUUUGAAGGAGAAUCUUGUAGUUUAUCAGUCACCCAAGCCUUUAUUUCAGGCGCCUCGUCAGUUACAGGUGACAGUCAUACUUGUAAUCAAAUUACAGUCUUAUUCUAUAAAACAUGUAAUAAUUCUCAAAUAUUCUUUGCAGUGGGAUUAAAUUCAUCAAAGCGCAUGUCACACCAAAUAAGAAGAAAUUCCAACAGUGUAUCAUCAUCCCCUACUCAUCCUCAGGCAAAGGUAGACAUAUUAAUUAAUAAUAAAAGAAAUUCUCAUUGUAUUAGCACACACCAAAGUUCACCUGCAGUUGAACCUACAAUAGGUUAGGCUUUUCUAACAGGAAGCACAUAUAAAACUGUCUGUGAACAAUGAACAAAAAUGAGAAAAAAGGCGGGCCACAGCCAGGAUUGAUCAUACUAAAGUAUUUAUAGUACCUUGCAGAUAAUUCUUUUUCAAGUGGUUUGAAUGUUAGUUUCCUGAUCUGUGCAUCUUUUGUUCCCUCUUCACCUAGAAGAAGUCAAGAAGUGCUAUCAAAGAUGUGUCUUUGGCAGAAGCCCAAAAAGUUGGCACCUUCUCCGAAUUUGCAUUCUUUGAAAAGGUACAAGAAACAUUUUUGAAACUCCGAUUGAUUGCAGCAGCAGUCAGUAACAUUGUUGUGUAGAUGUGUUUUGUUUUGGUGAAAAGAGUGAUGCCAAGGCAUGGUUCACUGGAGUUUUGGAGCAGUUUUACUUUUUAUUAUACACUCCUUUGGUUUGUUACGUUGUUGUUCCUUCCUUCUUGUUUCAUGCAAUGCAAGUACUGUUUAAAAAAUGAGCAGGAGCGUAUUAUCAGGUUUAAAAACCCAAGGUGAAGCUGAGAUACACAACUGCGAGUUUUUUGAACACCUUGAAAAUCUCAUUUAGAUCAACUCAUUCUUGCACUAAUAUUUAGAUUUAGGGUUAUUUUGGUCUAAAAAUUGGACGUAAAGUUUAGCUGUGUCUUAUUUCAGAUAAUGUAAAGACACUCAUUAAACAUUAAUUUUUUUUGUUUUUUUCCUUAUGAAUUAUUAAUGCCAUUUUGAAAUUCUAUUUACUGCUCAUAGAUAGGAACCUUUGAGGUAAUAUUUCAUCCCUUUUUUUGAAGGUGAGGAAGGCUCUGAAGAAUCCUGAAUUGUAUAAUAACUUUCUUCGCUGUCUUGUGUUGUUCAACCAAGAAGUGAUCUCCAGAGCAGAACUUGUGCAGCUGGCUGCCAACUUUAUAGGGUGAGCAUCUUGAUUAACAAGGACAUUUUUGUCCUCGUCUGUUUCACUCAUCUAUUUUGUGUCUUGUUGUUUCUUUGUUUUCUUCAGUGCCAGAUUUGACCCUACUUAAAAGUUCUUUUAUCUAAAAUGCACUCUUGUUAUCUCCUCAGUAAAUAUGCUGAGCUGUUUCAGUGGUUUAAGGAAUUCCUUGGCUAUAAGGACUCCUCUCCCAUGGAGAGUGUGGCCAGCUUCAAAGAGAGAACAUCUGGUGAACUCCAUCAUCUUGAGAUUGGUAUGUACCAGUCCCCUUGACCUUGAAUGUCUGCAUUUUGAUAAAUCUUAAUGAAAAUCUCACAGUCAACCCCUAGGAUUUCGCAGUAACGAUUGUUUCCGGUACCGUGUCGUUACCGUAGUCUUAAAAUAAUGGAACUGAAAAAUAGUCUCCCAGUGACAUUUUCAGCCUUCAGGAUCAAUUUACAGUAAUUCACUCUUUUUCCACACAGAUGCUUAGCUAGUAGAGCAAUUCUUAGUUAUGACUCAAGUUAUAUACAAAACUAAAACUUUGAUUAGCAUCUAUCAUCUUUCUAUUGUUCACCAUCUUAAAUGGUUUCCAAAAUGCAUUGAAAGUUACUGGUUAAUGGUUUUCAAGGCCAAGAAAAAAAAAAUGACUUCCAGAAAUUGAAAACAUUUAAGAGGUGGGUUCCCAUGAAUUUUCAUUGAGCCAAAACAAUUGUUACAGAUGGUUUUCCAUGAUCUCUGGGCACAGAAAUGACAAAUCCUAGCUCUUGAAAGUGUCUAUCAAAUGAAGCUCUUUACAAAUUCGAAUCUCAAACAAGGAGGGACCACAUCCUCGUAUGUACCACCUGUCAUUUCAUCAAUUUGAACUUUGACACUUACCUUGUGCAGAGGGAUGUGGUAUUUCAAACCAUACCCAAAUUGGCAUGAUGGCUAGAGGAUAGCAAAAACAAUCGUGUAAAUUUGAUCAAACAGUUCCAAUAAAAAUCCUGUUCCACUACCCAUGCCGCCUAACUUCCCUCAAAUUUAAUUAAUUCCACUUAAUUUUCUGUUGUUUUUUUUUUCAAAAACAUUUCCCACUGUAAUGAAGCCUAGAAAAUGCCUAGCUAACAAAAAGGAAAAUUGGGUAAGAAUUCCAAGUGUACUAGGUUGGGGAAUACAACAGAGGGAAACAGUCAAAAGUUUGCCUUCUGCGUGUGCUCAAAACUCUAAACCUGUUACUCAUCACCAGGAACAAAAAUAUACAGCCAGAUCUUUUUCUUGUUGCUUAGACUAUUCUUCAUGUAGAAGAUAUGGUACAAGUUAUAGAGCACUCCCUAAAAGCUACACUCAACCAAAGUGCAGUGGACGUACAGCGCUGUGUAAAGAAGUCCUCAACGACACAUGGGUAUCUUUCCCAUCAUGGUCAGAAGACACACCAUUUCCUGGAACAAGGAAAACACAAUAUGAGGAGUACAUUUUUAGGUAAAUAUUAAAAUGCUAUAUCAGCAGUGAUAUUAUUUAUUAAGAUGUGCAUCUGAAAUGGCAGAAUAGAAAGCAACAAAAAUUUUUUUUUUAAUUUAAAUUUUUUAUUUUUAUAAAUGCUAUAUCAGCAGUGAUAUUAUUUAUUAAGAUGUGCAUCUGAAAUGGAAGAAUAGAAAGCAACAAAAUUAUUUUAAAGUAAGGGGUGUGAGUAAACUCAACGUGUUGCUGGGUUAUGUCAGCAUCACCAUCUCACGGGCAAAUGGCUAAGUGGUAAAUUACUUGGUUUCAUUUACUUGUUUUCUUUCACAGCCUUGCUUAACUUAAAACCUAAAGGUUUAUAGAUGUUGUUGUUUAAUUUUCAUCCUUGGUCUAAAUUUUGUUUUCCUUUGUUUUUGGUAUGGUAAUAUAUGAUAGAGCGGUUUUCACUUGACUGUCAUAAAACCAAAACCAAAGUAAAUACACUAGCCAACCAAAGGGCGUACUAAAACCAAAACCAAAACCAAUUCCUCAAUUACUUUCGACAGUCAAGUGAAAACCGCUCUAAUGAGUGAAAACCAAAGGUAAAAUUGAACCACAAAUUUGUGUUACACUCUCUUUGUCCUUUGUUUUCAGAUGCGAGGAUGAAAGAUUUGAGGUUUGUUUGGAGUUUAUUAAUUUGUGAAUAAUUUUGACAUUGUAAACCUUUAACUUCUCUUAGGAGUUCUUCCUGAAUAUUAUAAUUCAUACUAAUUCAUUAAAGUCGUAAUAUUGUUUUUUUCAGUUGGAUGUUGUUUUGGAAUCCAAUCUUUCAACAAUUCGAGUUUUGGAAGCAAUUCAGAAAAAGCUUCAAAGGUAAGAUUGACCUUCACUUGGCGGUACUGGUCUAGUGCUCCCUUUGUCCCUAUUUUACUUCCUAUAUUUUCAAACACUUUUGAGUGUUCUACCAAAAUUAUUGCAGCCUCAAGAAUACCUGCCAUUUUAACUUGUUUUGCUUUUGUUUGCUUGCAGAAUGCCAGUUGAAGAGCAAGCAAAAUUCCGACUUGACAGCUGUAUAGGGGGAACAUCAGAAUUCAUCCACCGAAAAGCUAUUCAAAGGUAUUUAUUCACAAAUUUAGAAAUAUGUUUCAAAAGGGUGAGUGGAGAGGCUGAAAGUGUCUGUCAAUCUUGUGUCUUAUUCUUGUCUUGUCUCACAAUGAAACACAAAGUAAUCUGCAAUUAACUUGUUAGAAAUCACAAACAGAACCCCUUCAUGUGGUUCUCUAGGUCUCUGUCAUGAACAGUGUAUGUCAUUCCAGCUGAAGUACCUUUUUUUAGCAGUUUCUUGUCCCUGGUCUCUGUUCCUACGAGGCCAUUACAUCUUCAUUUGAUGUUAGUGCUAAUUUGAAUGCAUGAAAGCACUUAACAGAUAGUGGUGAAAAAGAUAAUAUUUGUGGCUCAGUUUAAAUCAACUUUCAGGGAUAAGGACCCAGACUUUUCAAUCUUUAAGGACUGUACAGUCUUUAGCUGGAAGUUUCAGAAGAGGGAAAUGUUUUACUUAGUUGAGUCACAUCCAGUGCGUAACAUAAUAGUAAACUGUUGCAAUAUUUUUUAACAGGAUUUAUGGAGACAAGGCUCCUGAUAUAGUUGAUGGUUUAAAGAAAACACCUGCAGUGGCUGUGCCACUUGUUUUAAAGAGGUGAGAAUUAGUUUUAAACUAGGGAUUUUUUUUAUCUGUGGCUGUUGUUAUAGAGGCAGGAAGGGUGUAUAACCUUGCUUGUGUGACUCAAACUUCUCUGCGCUUGUCAACGUCUGUUUAUAACUUGUAGUAACAAAGCUUUGCAAUACAAAAAUUAGGAGGGACACCAACUUAAUGAAGGGGGAAGAGCUUAGAGUGUCAGUGAACACUAGGGGCACUUUCCAUUUAGUUGCAAGAAUUUACAUGCCGGACAGAUCCAGUACUAAAGAGAAUUCCACUAUUGAUCCAGCCAGAUCAUUCUAUUCAAAAAUGGUAUAGUCGGCAGUGGUGGGAAUUUGCCAUUUAAUUACCCAAAAAUACAAGAACCUGUUCAGCCCGGCAAAGAAAAUAGGUUCUUAUACAAAAAUUCACUCCAAUUUUGACGGUCAAAAUUCUGGAUUUUAAUCGUGAGAAACUUCUGAACCUAUGAGAGGCCAUUAUUAAUUUUGAUAUAACAGUAUUGUUAGAUUCCUCCUAAAUUAUCCUGAUUGCAUCCAAGUGUAUUUCCUAAAGAAAUCUGUAUAAGGAGGUAUUUAUGAUAACCACUGCCAGUUUAGUUUGAAAAGUAAUUUUUUUGUUAUAGGCAGUACAAAGAAUCUUAUCCUAAACCCUGUAAUAAUUUUUUUUCUUCAUCUGUAGAUUGAAGACCAAAGAGGAGGAGUGGAGGGAAUCCCAAAGACAAUUUAAUAAAAUAUGGCGUGAUCAAAAUGAAAAAUAUUAUCUCAAGGUAAAAGGAAGACGUACAAACAAAAUGCAGUACAUGUUGCUGCUUUCUCUGUAUAGGAAUAAGUGUUUUCCCCUUUUGUAUGAUCUCCUUUGAGUAGAAGGCCAGGGCUGUCAUUAAAAGUUUAACUUCCCAAGUAUAUGCAAUUAAUUUUUUAGCCUGUUGUAUUUUUCUUUUCUAUUGCAGUCCUUGGAUCAUCAAGGGAUCACCUUCAAACAGAAUGACUUAAAGUCCAUGCGAUCAAAAAGUCUUAUUAAUGAGAUUGAGACUAUUUAUGAUGAGGUGAGUAGAUGUCAUGAUAUACAUGUAUGACAGCUUUACUUGUUAUUGUGAUAAUGCCUGUCUUCACAGCUGGUAAAUUUAACACUUCGUCUUCCGGGGUCGCCGAAAUCGGAGCUUCAGGAACGGUGACCAAAGAAAUUUCGCAAAAAAUUGUGUUACUUCCGAUUGCUCCCAAAUUUGGCACACAGGAAGUUAAUAGAUUUAGCCAAUCACCUGCCUAGUUCCAGCCCCUGUCGACUUUUGACCGUCACACACCGGGUUUUCGAAAAUUUUGAAUUUUAUGGCUAGUCAUGGGAAUCUUUGUGAGCCGGUUUUGCGAAUAAUGAAAGCUUGUAUAGACGAAUGUCAACCAAAUACAACUCAAACAAACUAUUCUGAAGGAUUUUGGAGGAUAACAAGCAAAAUAAACGCGAAAAUCGAGGUUAGGAAACAAUUAGAAUCUGUGCAUGCAAAUCGCCGAUCGCCCACUCUGUGCCACAUGUUCUUGAAACGGGCGACGAUUUUCUUCCCGUUUGCCUUCGCUUUCGCUUUUUUCGCUGUCAAAUUCUUGCUUAUUUUGAUGAAUUCUAUCAGCAAAUUCAUGUCUGCUUGUCCCUAACUCGAUAUUUUUUUGGGAAUCGAGGAAACAAAGCGUCUCAGUGAAGUAAACAUGGGGUCACGAGGUGACGCCAAAGGAUUAUGCUAAUUAUGAUAAUCCAAUUAGCAUAAUCAUGACAGCGUGCAGAAAAAAAUUUGUAGAAAAUUUCUAGUCGCUCCAUAUUUUAGAACGAUUUUCGGGUUUUUUUACUUACAUAUUGAUGAAAAAUAUUUCUUGCCACCAUAUCACCCAAAAUAAAGAAGUUUCCUAGCUAAAUGACAAUCUUUAAAAUUUUAAAAAAAUUUUAUGCAAAAUAUGCUUUUUUAAUUUUUUUGUGGCGGAAUAUUAUGGGUUUCCUAUGACCGAAAUAUUUUUUUUUCGAAAGGGUAUUCUUUUCCCUUUCCAAUGAGGUAUAGCUUGAUAUUGAACUGUAAAUAACACCAGAGAUAUGAUUUUUUAAAGUUACAUGGCAAAAUACAUUGAAAUAAUUGGCGGCAGACAAGGAGUUAACUACCACAGAUUGUGUUAAACAAAAGGAUCAAGCAAUACAACUCCCAGCAAGACCUUGUUGUGUGAUUCUUGUUUUAUGUAAUCUGUUCCUAUACUUGUAUAAAGAAAGACCAAGCUUGAAGGCUUCUUUCAGCCAUGAUAGAAUUUUUGUAAAGAAAUGUUCAUUAUACUGAGUCAAAUCCAGCUUGAAGAAUGCAAAUUUCCUUAUUAGUGAAACUUUAAAGUAGUUUUAAGUGGCAUUAUUCCGUGGGAUGCCUGUGGCACUCCCACGGUAAAAAUCCGGUUCGGUUGUACCCAAAAUUGCAAAGCCAGCCAAGAGGAUUGCCUAAAAUCUUUAUCGAUUAUCUCUUCUUCCAAGCCGACCAAUCAGAUUGUACAAAAUCUGUUUCGAUUUUUAAUCGAUUUGCUUCCUCUGAAGAAAGUUGCAAUCAGAACAUUCCUUGCCAAAUUUGUCGCGCUUGAGUUUUCAGCACUCGUGAUUUAGGAUGGCUUGUUAACCAGCGAAAUCCUUCGAGAUACUGGCAAGUGACGAAAGGCGACCUAAGCCAAAUUAUUUCUUCCCUUCAUGAUUCUUUUUUGUUUAGGUCUAGCUUUUUCAUAAGGUUUUAGUAGCGUCUGGUUGCGGGCCAUGAUUUCCGAUAGAUUUUUCUAUUCGAAGGUAGCCAGUUUUUGCCGAGCACAGCUAGAGUUCAGUUUUUUUCUUUUCUUAUCGAAAACACCUUAACGAUGGGAGGUUAAAUCGCGUAAAUUUCAACUCGUACCCUUGACGAUUGACAGUGAAAUCGCGAAAAUAUUCUCCUUGUCAAUCGACGACUCACUUUUGCAAUGGAUUGGACUUCUGGAUGGAACACGGAUCAGGACCUUAGUAAACUAAUUAUACCUUGGAAUCAGGGAUAAUCAUUGGAACUAUGUUAACUUUGAGACCUUGGAAACACAUUGCAAUUAAUUUUUAACCGUAUCAAGAGCAUCUUGGAAUAUUAAACUUUCAUCUUGGAUUAAAACAUUGGAACUUUGUCGAACUUUGUAACCCUGGGUUCAACCCUCGAUAAAGCAAGCGAAUGUUUUGUUUUGUUUUGUUCCAUUAACCUAAAACUACAAUGUUUAUUUCUCUUUGAAAAAGUUACCUGUGGCAACUUACUAUCAAGAUAUGACCUAUCUUUAUACAUAUAGUUCCUGUUCAGGUUAAUCAGAGAGCAUUAUGCACAUGCUCUCCAUUACUUGUUUCCGUUAACAUUCCAAUUUAAGUUACACGGGUAAACCUUGUUUUGAUGCAAAAUAACUUCUUUUUCUUAUCCAAAUCGUGCUACGAAAAUAACUACAUAGCGAUAGAUCAAAACAAGAUCAACUCCAUCCUUGCGACCACUGACAACUAUAAAUUUAGCUUGCGUAGCAGGUGUCGAAUGGGAUAGGGGAUAGGGGAUAGGGAGGAAUCAAAAAGGGGAUGUGGAUUGGGGAGAAAUAGUAGCCUGCCACGCAGGCUACUAUAAAUUCAGUCAUAAGCACAUUAAACCAACCCAUACUGGGUCAUACAGGUAACCUACUCAUCGAUGCUCAUAACAUGACACAUCUUUCCGCUUUCCCUAAUUUUUCCAAAUUCAGAUAGAACGCCAUUAUGCUUCCAUAGACCAACGCAUCCCACGGAAACGACUUUAGGCAUCUUGUGACAUCAAUGUUCACUAUUUUUCAAGUAAACAAUACGCUCGUUGAAAAUGUCUGUUCAAGAACAAGGGGAAGACUUCAGUUUAUCCCCCUGUGUGAACAAAUCAGUAUAGUUUUAAAGCCAUUUUCUAGAUAGCACUUUCAAAGAGACAAGUUUUAGUCUAAUUUUUGCCUGCCAUUCCUUACUGUUUGACUGCUCCCUUGUGCUAGCUUAGUAACAUUUGGCAGCACUGAGCCACUUUUAGCUUUCUAAUCAUCAGUUUUUGAAGCAGCAGUAAAUCUCCUUAUGUUCCUCCUUCAAGUGCUUGCUCAUUUCCUGGUUUGUUUUCCUUUACAGAGAACAGAACAAGCUGCAGAAGGUAAUGGGGAUGCCACUGGUCCUCACUUGGGCUACAGCUAUCAGGAUAAAUCUAUUCUAGAUGAUGCUGCUGGACUAAUUGUUCAUCACAUGAAGAGACAGACCAGUAUCCACAAGGAAGACAAAGCCAAGAUUAAAGUGCUGCUGCAUUGCUUUUUGCCAGACUUGUUCUUUGCUCCCAGAGGUGAACUAAGUGAUGAUGAAGACUCUGUCAAGGAACUCAAUGGUCUAGGUGAGUGGAAACCCUUGAGUCGUAACAGUGCUAGGGCGUUUGAACCAAUGUCAGUAACCCAAAGUCAACUUGCAUUUUUAUGCAGCAUCUGUUAAUCGUCGGUUUGUGAUUAAAAGACCAUGUUUUGUUAUAAUCUUUAGUAGUUUUUUUCAGGUGGUUAGUUAAAGAGCAGUGAGGUUUUUGAUCUUUUACAAAACUGAGAAAAUUCACUCAUGGUAAUACACAUUGGUUUAGUUUAAUUUAGUUUAGUUCUAGUUUUUAUACCCUUUUACUCGUCAGUAGUAGCCAGAGUAAGAAAUCCCCCCCCCCCCCUUCCUCAAAAUAAAAAAUCUGCUAAAGAGGCUUUGUUUGAAUGGGUACAUCAGAAGAUUUGCCCAUAGAUUUCAAAGUUGGAGUGACAAGGCAAUGUCGCCAGAAAGUGAUGUAAGAGUAGAAGGUUCAAACUUUCAUUUUUGUUUUUGUUUCAGGAAAACCUGAACUGACUAAUGGUUUACCAGAAGCAGAAGCGGUAAGACAUCAUUUUAGUGACUUUCUGUCCUUUGGGACACUCCAAUAUGAACACUUUCACAAGGCUAAAUUUUACUAGCUGUACAUCUUUGAAGGGUUUGUACAGUGUCUUGAAUUCUUGAAAAAGUCUUGAAAUUUGCAAAGCAAUUUUGUAGACCUGAAAAAAGUCUAGAAAAAUGAUAAAACGUCUGGAUUUUUUUGCAAAGGUACAAUUCUCAUUCAAUCUCGCCAGUAGCCAAGACAUUCAAUCACAACAUGAGAAGUUUCAGAACUCUCUUAUGUCCACGUUGCACCAUGUUUACUGUACGUUUGCAGUGCAUUAUGAAAAAAGCUUGGUCUUGUGUUUUUUAAGAUCUCCACUGAUCAACUAUUUUUUGACCUUAAGUCUUGAAAAGUAAAUUAUUGUUUUGGAAAAAAAGUGUGGAAAGGGUCUUCUGGUAUACAUCUGUUUUAGAGAUAUGUCCUUCCAAGAAAGAAAAAUUAUUUGCAGCUCUGCUACAGCCUCCCAAACAGAUAAUACUUUACCCUUUAUCAUAAUUUUUUAUGAUGAUGUCCUCUUCAGCUGAAUAAUUUUGCUACAAUGUAAUUUUCCUUUUCUUUUCUUAUUUUGCAGGAUGAUGCCUAUAACUUAAUAUUUGUAAAUAACAACUGGUAUUUACUCUUCAGACUUCAUCAGGUAGGCCAAGAUGUCAGUAACAUUCUUAAAAUCUUCACUCUGACAGGAAGACUUGGAAAUCUAACCAGUCAAAAAAUGCACGAAAAAAAACCUUCCUAAACAUGACAAAAAUCGUGCAAGAAAUGUCAUAUGAGAAUAAGAAAGUUCGGUGUGUCUUAAAAUCUGAUAAGACAAGUGUCUGUGUUCAAUGUUCUUGGUCAAAGUAAUACAAAACUUGAGCGUCACUGGAAGAAUGAGCAGAUCUGAAUUUUUCAGCUGUCCGUAAUCUCACAGGUUGUGUUCAUUUAAGAUUUUCAUUUCUUUCUUCAUUUUGUAUAUCUAUUUCUCUUGUCGACUUAAUACAAGACUAGUAGAUCAGGGAGGGAAGAAGCCCUCUUUAAUUAGCUAAUAAACUACAAAAGGUGUUAUCUGUGAUGUACAAAAAAGAGAUGUGUACCAAAGGCAAGAACAGUACAUAGCUGUUCCCCGUGUUUUAACUUGAUAAAACAAUCCUGCCAUUUUCUGUAACAGCAUCUCGUGUGUGUCAUUUUAGAUGCUGUGUGAGCGGUUGCUGAAGAUGUAUCAGCAGUCUGUUAUGAUAGCAGAAGGUGAAGCAUCAGAUAAGCAGCAGAGAAAACAGGCCACAGCCAUUGCAUUACGACUGAAAGCACCCAGUGAGAUAGACCUGGAAGAAUACUAUCCUGCAUUUUUGGACAUGAUUAGAAACUUACUUGAUGGUAAGUUGCUUGCUUCAAAAUUUGUUGUUGUUUGUUUGUUAGCUAGUUUUUUACUAUUUCAUUAUUUACUUUAGCCCAAAUGGCAGGAAAAGGGGGCUGCAAGAAGUGCUGAAAUAGAGUAAGAGUCCUUUGAUGACUAGAAAGCUUGACCUGGCUGUAAAUGAGACCUUAAUGAGGCCUCACGAAGCACUCAUAACAAUUUGUUUUAUUGGGUAGCAAAACUUUUGGUGAAUGCCCCAAACAAUAUCCCCAGACGUAAACACGACAGGUGCGAUUUGAAAGAGUAGGAAGUUGGUGGAGGUUUCUGAAAGUUUCAAUGCUCCAGUUUAGAUGGUCAAACCAAUGCCCCAUUCACACCAAAGCUUAUACAUGUUUAAAAGUUGUUUAGCUAAACAUGGUUUAAAAUUGUGUGCUUCAUGUACUCUGCUUACUGACUUUUGGCUAUUUUGCAAAUUUUGCAAAUUACGAAUAAAAUGAUCACCAAAGGAAAAAAAUUCUUUGAUCUUUUACCAAAUUCCCUUACUGUGAAACUCACAAAACCGUGAACACCAGAAAUAUUUAUGGAAUGCUAUUGCGUCGCGAGAAAUUAGCCAAUAAGGCGCGAGAUAACUAAACCGCAAACUGCAACGGUAAUUAGUUUGUGGUUGUGGGGUAUGCUUGCGUAUCCUGAACUUUAUUGUAAUUGGCCAGUACACAAUCAACAUUCCUGAAAUUUUUCAGGUGUUCACGGUUUUCUGAGUUUGACAGUAACUCUUUCCUCGGGAAAAUGUAUGGAAGUCAGUCUGGAGAAUUAGUCCUUGGAUAUAAUGCAUGUGUUCUUUCUGUUUUGACUGAUUUCAGGUAAUAUGGACUCCACCAACUUCGAGGAUACAUGUCGUGAGAUGUUUGGUGUACAUGCUUACAUCGCAUUUACCAUGGACAAGUUGGUUCAGAAUAUCGUUAGACAGGUAGAGGCUUGAACCUUGGUUAUAUGGUGUGACAGUAACCAUAGCGUUAAUUAAUCAUGUCAUCUUUUGGUAAUUGUUAGCUUCAGUGGACCUCAUUUUCUUGUGGCAAUACUCAAGGGCGUAUGCUCAAAAAAUCAUUCUUGCAUGGACUUUUUAUUUCAGUAAGACAAAGACCGAAUACGUUUCACGUUGCUGUUAGAAUUUGCCAUCAUCAAGUCAGGAAAAAUAUGCUCAGGAUAAUUGUGGAGUAAAAAUUUUAGCGUUUUUUAUGAUGUUCAGCAGAAGUGGAUAACUCAAUUUCAACAUUGUGAAUGAGAUUUUAUUGUAGUUCUUUUAGUUACCUGUUUCAAAGGGUCAAAUCUGCUGAGCAUAUGACGUGUCGUCAACUUAUAAUGUGUUUCUUCACUUAGCUUCACACGAUUGUAACAGACGAGACAUGUGGACAGGUGACUGAACUCUACCAACAGGAGCAAGGUAACCUGGCCACUGGAGGAAGCUCGGCUACACAGCAUACCCGAGCUGCAUCUGAGUCAGCGUAUCAAAAGAGAGCAGAGUCCCUUUUGUCAGACGAGAACUGUUACAAAGUGGUCAUUGUAAGUAACAUAGACUUAUAAUUAUUGUUGUGCUGUGAUUAAUGCACAAUUGUCUCCUAGUCUGCGCCACAGACAAAACUUGACUUUGUUUAAGUCCGUCUGUGAAACAGCGCAGAAAUCCUUGUUCCGAGCCCCCACCUGUGUACCAGGAUUUGCCCUCCUUCUUUUGAAACGCGAAGCUCUUCUUGCGACUAAAUAAUGGUUUCAGGUCGUUUCGUUUACUCUCCAAAGUGCCUUUUGGAUCUAAAUAACUAAAAUAUAUUUUCUUUUGUCAGCGAAUGCGAUGGUUUCUGCAAUGUUUUGUCAUGCUGGGCCCAGGUCGUUAGUGCUUUUUUUUCCUCUCGAAUAGUGAUUUACAGAUCCAAAUGUCGAAGAAUGGAUUGCAACUAUGGAGAAGUGCAUUGUGACUCAGUCAAGAUUGCUGAUCGUUCGGAUUCAUUGAGAGUUCACCAUAAACACGUUCCAUGAAAGAUUAUUUUGGUUUCAUACACGCGUCCUCUAUUCCGCUCCACGAAGGCCAAUUAUUUUAUUGGUCAAUUAUGACAGCUGUUGACAGCAUCAAAUGUCGGUGCGCUCACUCAGGCAUGACAGGCCAAGCGGGCGGUUUUCAAAAUCCCGGGGUUUGUUACCCUGGGUGCGAGAGACUUUUCUAGCGCGGUUUCCGGUUUCUGCCAAGUCUUUAUAGUGACCCGCGCUUCGCCGCUCGUGGCUUCGGCCUUCGGCCAACACCGAAAAUUCCCGCCGCACGCGAGAAAAACCUCUGGUACCCAGGGUAGGGGUUUGUCUGCAAGCGUUUCCUUCCUUUCUUCCCCACCCCUCCCCGCUCUUUUACUUGCGCCAUUUUUCGCGCGGUCUUUGACUCUCUUUCCUCGUUCUUUGUUCCUGCACCGCACGGAAACGCUUGCUACGCAGGCUACAUCUUCUCAAGUGCUCCUUCAAAUCCGCAUUGAACACAAAGAAUAUAUUUGCCACCGUUGCAUUGCAGACUGAGCAAAAACGUUAUUAUCACUGUAAAAUUUUUAUGAAGCUCUGGUCUCUUCUUACAACAAGAGAACAGUGCAAUUUCCGUUGCUGCCGACAAUUGAAUCACACCGUACACGUUUCUUACUGUAAGAGACUAACACAGUUCUAAUCCUUUUCAACAGCACAAAGAUAAGAAUAUCUGCCGUCUGAGUUUGGAGCUACUGGAUUCAGAGGACAAUCACUCGGAGGAUCCAGUGGAAGUUGAGGUAAAGUAAAGCGCGGUGUUUUUUUUAUCACUGAAUCGUCUUGUUUUGGUUUCUCACAUAAUUGCCUUCACCAGCGUCUCAGGCCCGGUCCACAUGUAUCCGUUUUUGCUUGAAAACGGGGAUUUUUUUUCUCCGCUUUAACGAAAUCCGCGUCCACACGUUGUGUUUUUGAAUCUUUUUUGCCCUUCCACUCGAAAACGCAAUAGUUACUGAAAACGGCACCAUCUUUGAGCGGCGAGCGCUUUCGAAAAGAUGUGUUUUCCGUGACCGUUUUCACCGGAUACGUGUGAACGGUAGGCUAAACCGGAGAAAAAAUCUUCGUUCUCAAACAAAAACGGAUAUGUGAGGACGGUGCGCCGUGCCUCAUAAAGAAAAGGAACCAUGAAUGGGUAUUACAGUCCUGAACAAACCUGAACGUGCCCUUCAUAUUUUUACCUGGCUAGAAGAAUGAAUGUUCUGUCCUCUUUUUCAGAAAUGGAAUGAAUACGUGGAAAAAUUUGUCGGGAGCGAAGAGGUGUCUACAGAAGUUAAGGAUCAUUUACAGAACAAACCUAUCUUUUUACCUAGGUAGGAACUGAAUGUAUGAUGUUGCUACAAGACACUCAUUUUCGAUGACUUAUUUUAAUACAAGCAAGUUUAACACAACAACAUCACAGCUGUGCGCUGAAAUUGACACUUCACGCCAUGACACAUGUCUGAAAGUUUUGUAAAGGCUUUCUCAUUUAACAGGGGCAACCUUGGGGCACUUUAUUUUUGCAAUUUCUAUUAUUCUGAUAACUAAGAAAGGCGAUAAAAAAUAUUGAAUUUUAGUGCGCCUGUAUUUUGACUAAGAUAAACGCAAGAAUUUUGAAUGCAAUUGCAUAGAAUAGAACAUGUUUGUUCUCUUUGAGAAAAGUAUACUGGACUAAUUGCCAAAUUUAUUCCCGCAGAAACUAAGUGCCAUGAUGCAAGUAUUAUCUUUCAUUUAGCCUGCAUAGCUGGCGGUAUUGUGUAGUAGUGGAGUGAGAUUUGGCGGCGGAGCCGUUGUAAUAUAGUCGAGUGAGAUUUGACGGCGGAGCCGCCUCGUCCCCACUCCCUUUUUUUGGAACACGGCUCCGCCGCCAAAACUUUAAUCUCGCACCCACACAAUACCGCCAGCUACGCAGGCUAUCUUUCAUUAGGUGCCGAUGUAUCAAGUUAGUUAUUAGGCCUCUCCAAUGCGCUAAACGACUCUUGUUGGUGUGUUUCGUUUCAGAACGGUGCGCUCCAACUCGCGAAUGAAAUCCGCCACCCAAAACAAUGAAAAGGAGUCCACAACGAAUGAUAACGGCUCCUCAACUGAUGAGGCCGAGAGUGAAGGAAAUAACAGGUAUUAAAGUGUUCAUCAUUUCAGAAAGAAGCUGGUUACAAGUAUCGUCCUUGUUCCAAAGUGAAUCUCACUGCGGACUCUGGUUUACAAUGGCGUUGCCAUCGUAACGUAAAUGAACAGUGUCACAAAAUUUAUCGAAAUUCAAACAGUGGAAACCGCCACAAUACUAAGUGAAGGUUUAGAUAAUAAAGCAAAAACAAAAAAAGGCACGGAUGGACAAACUUGAAGGAGAUUUAAAUGAGGUUAAAUAAAUAUUUAUUUAACACAGUUAACAACAAGGAACGCGACCGUGGUCAGCGGUCAGUCGCUUGGCUCAAGCGCGGUCAGCCUUGCUUGCAUCGCCUCCAUGUGCUCAGUACAGUGUUUCCGUGGCGGCCAGUCUCUUCUUUUAGCCUUUGGAUCAUUAUUUUACCCCCAUUCCCCCCCCGAAUUCUUCCACUGUUAAAUCAGUGUGACGAGUGCCUUGGUCCUUUGGCGUGGGGGCUCAUGGCUGGAGGGCGCGGGUUUGCCAGCCAUCGGGGUGUAACUCUGUCUAGGGGCUGGCUGUGCCAAAGGUGGAAGCCCCUGGACAUCCCGGGCACCCACCUCCACUCAGCGACGCAGUUGUUAAAGGGAUUGAUAUUGUAAUUGUUUUUGAAAAGUUGUUAGCCUAACAGUGUUUCAAAGUUGGUUGUCGUUGUUGUUUGUAACGUUGGAUAUAAUGCUUGGAAGACAUGAUUGUUUGAUACGAAGCCGCUGUGAUUUUGCUAUUCACGAGUAAUUUCUCAAUUUUCAUGACGAAUAGGGACACGUAACUGGCAUUAUUAUACGUUGUUCUCAUUAGCUGUCUUCUCAGUGGCUAAGAGCCUACAGCUAAUUUUGGAAAUCAGCGCAACCUACAGAUAAGUCAUUUAUCUGCUGGCAGAUAACUGACUAAUCUGUAGGUUGCGUGCGCAAUGCGUGAUUUUCAAUAAUAAUCUCAAUCUCAAUUCAGGUUCCUUGCCACGGUGUGAAUGUCGUUAUUUUCUUCAAAACAAUGUCUAUUAAAACAAUUAUUAGAUUCGGUCUUUUUGAUAUCCUAUAUAAUCAAGGUCUCGGUAAGUGUUAUCAGCCUGGGCCUUCGGCUCGGCUGAUACCACUUACCUCGACCGUGAUUAUUCCGGAUAUCACAAAACCCUCGUCCAAUAAUUGUUUAUUAUCAGCGAAACGAAGUAGGCAGCGGUGACAGGUCAAGAACAGUCGACUGCCCUCGUAGCGGUUCAGUUUACCAACUUGCGCGGUGAACUAUUGCCAUGAUUGUAGUAGUAGAAGGCAAAACUACUUUUCGAGGUUUCAGGGUGUAAAUGGACCUUCAAAGCUGUAUUAUCUUUGGUAAACAGGAUAGAUUAGAGUCCUAGGGUACUUACCAUUUACACGGGGGAAACUGUAAAUCCUGGUUGGAAAUUCAAAUCGUUCGCCCCAUUCCUUUUGGGAAGCUUAAGGAAAUAAGGCUGUCGUUGGAGGCGAUGCAAUUUCUACACCUUUAGUCUGUCCAGCCGAUUUGGAUAUACUUUCUAUUUGGUCCUUUUUCCACAUGGUCCAAUUCAGUUGCUAGUUUUUGAAUCGGAUAGUUUGUUUUAAUAGUAAGGAACCCUUGUCUCUGUUCUAUAAACUCAUAGUUUACCUCUACGCGUUUUAUGUUCUUAGAGAUACAAACUCACCAACAGUUAAUAGCUCUUUUUGCCACCGCUUGUCUGUCUAAAGGGUCCGAACGUCGUUUGUUUCCUUUGCAGUGAAAAAGAGGAAGAAAAUGAGGAGGUCGAGGACAUGGAAGUGGAAAACUCAAUGGAGUGCAAGCUUAGCUUGAAUUCGUACAAAAUUCGCUUUGUAAAAGGCAGCGAGGAUUACUUGUACAGACGGCAAGCUUUGAAAAGAGCUAAGGAGGUUAGUUCCUCAUUUUUUAAAAAUAAGUGUGUAAAAAAAUGUGUAUAGCUGUUAGUCCAGAAGUCUUGUUUCAAACAGCUGCGAUCUAAUUCGAGAAUGGGAGAUGGCGCGGAAAAGAAAAUGAGCCUCUUUCCUUUUCGCUAAAAAAGGAAGAAACGGACGAACACUGUAAACGAUUAUUUUAAAGACGCGAUGAGACAAAUCUCCAUUUACCACCGAAAAGUACGAGUUGUUAUCGUUGCCGUUAGGAACUUUAUUCUGUGACCGAGCAUUCGAGGGAAGGAGGUUGCACCCGCCGGCGAGCGGGGAGUCGCUAAGCUUUAAAGAAAGACCGGCUCCCGAAACGCCCACUUUUGAAUCGCCUUUGGGUAGCCAAUUGACAUUAUUAACCCAGUUAAUAAUAAUAAUAGACUAUUGCAUUACUUGGACUCCCUUGGGGUACACCUGGAUUUCAAGAGAGGGGGACGAUCCAAGUAUUUCUGGGUUUGAAAUUUUCGUUUCCGGGAUUUUUCUGGGAAGGAAAAUUUUUUUGAAGUGGCUUGAAGUAGGAAUUUGUGAGUAUUCAGAACAAUCUGAACAUUCGUGAUAGUGCCCGCGUAUCCCGGCUGCGUAGUUCUGCGAAUAAAGUACAACCAAACUUGUUUUGCGGCUGGUUUAAUAUUUAACGCAUUACAUUGCAGCUGUUUCAUAAAACCGGGGUGGUCUUGCUUAGAGCUGUCUUUCUGCAUAGUGUUAUUGUUGAAACAGCAGAUGCUCUUGGGUGUCUCGAAAGUUGUUAGAAUGGCUACCAGAUGCGGAAAAGUAACUUCAGAUGGCAUGAUGAUUAAACAAACACGAAUAUUCGAUUAAACAUUUUUUUCCCCGUGCUGUGUUAUUUAAUGCUUCCUGGAAAUUUUUAAGGCUCGGAAAUUCAUCAUGGAAUUUUUUGGAGGUAAAUUUCUGGUCCAGGAUUUUUUUUUUUUGGGGGGGUUUUGACUUUUGCCCAUAUUCGAUCUUCCUCGUCACUUGAAAUCCGUUCCCCCACCACCCCUUGGGCUGGGACUGUUAUUGUUUUCUUUGUCUUGGGCUUGUCAUUUAUUUAUUUAUUUUUUGUUUGUUUGUUUGUUUGUUUGUUUGACAGUGUCACCCGGUAGUGGCCAAUCGUCUUCACUCCAGAUUCCAAUCAUGGCUAAGUGACUGGGUGAAAAGUAACGUGACAGGAGACCAGGAGGGUCGAUGUCGUGACUGGCUUCUUGGUAAAGUAGACGGGCUCCAUCCCUGUACAACCACCUGCGAAGUUGUCACGAGCGCCGCCAUCGAGCACAACAAAUACUCCGUCAAGUGGGAUAAGGAUAAAAAGGACAAGCAAGAGGUUACACAAAACGACAGCAAAGAAAGUGAACAGAAGGCUGCUUCGUAGAACCCACACUGUAUUGUUCUUUUCCUAUCAGUCAGUAAUUCAAACUAGCGUGAUGAACGGUCAAAGGAUGGCGUGACAGUUAGGGUGCGUGACAAGCUCCUGUCCUGACGACUUCUCAGAAGUUUAAAUCCGCAAACAAUUUCUAGGGUGCGUCCCUUUACAUCAAAAAGUGGAUUUCGGGUUAACUGACUUGUAUUAGCAGCGUGCAAAGAAAGUCGUGUCCGAUAGCCCGGGGCUAGUGGAUUUUGCUAUCGGGCUAGUGUUUUUUGUUCUUAAUUUGCCCGACGGGCAAGUGCUGUUUUUUUGGGAUAUUCAAAUUACAGAAGGAUUGUUAUCAAUCCUGCCAAUCAAAAAGGGUUUUGGGGCUAGUUGAAAUGACUUUUGGGCUAGUACAUGCUAUCUACAGCUUGCCCGAAUGGCAGGCUGUAAAACUGACUUUCUUUGCACCCUGAUUAGCAAGCAGGAGACCGAGUGAGUCGGUUAAGUGCAACUCGGCUUCGUUUCUUGAAUUUACAUCCGCUAAUUUCUUGUCCGUACCCUUCUGUCUUGCGGUCCUUUCUAGACUGUGUAUUGUAAAUAGCACUACAUUCAUAUUGACUUCUAAUUUUGAUACAUUUCUCGGCCAUCCGAAUGAAUUUGUUCUCGGCCUGCCACAACGGGUUUUCUUUCGCCUGGAUUAAAAUCAUGAGAAAUAGACAAUUACCAGUUUCUUAAGCUAGCGAUAGCACCAAAGUUACAAAAACAGUUCUUAGAGACGAGCUUGCCUCAUAAGAUCAUUCAUUUUCUUCCUCGUUCUCUCUCUCUGUUGUCCAUUCUUUGUUGAAUUUUGUGAGUUUUGUAGAUUUUUACUUAACCUUUUAGAAGGGACAUCGCGUUAUUCGAUUGACGGCUUUGAAUAAUGACACAAAAAUAGAGUGAAUUCUAUUCUUCAACCGUAAAUGUUGCUCGAGUAUUUUCCUUUAAAGUGAUCAGCGCUCGCGUAAGCAGUACGAGAAAGGCAAGCUGCAAACAAGCUCUCUGGGGGGACGCUCUAUGGGCGCGUGGGUGAAAAAAAAGAGCCCUCAAAGCUUCCCCGCAGAGAGUUUGCCCGCAGGCUAGAGAGAGGCUUUUUUCAUGUCCUUUUUACGUAGGCCUGGCCCAUUUCUGUCAUUUUUCUUUUUUAAGGAGAAGCACAACCUGGUCACAUCACCUCAAAUUUAACUUAUAGUACAACUUGUAGAAGUGCUGUUGUCAUUUCUUGGCUCCGGCCCCCACCCCUUCCUUCUCCCAGUGUUUUUGUGAAGAUCCUUCAUAUAGGGGCUAGUGCUUAGCCCCAAUCAUAGAAGGAAGAUGGGAAGGGCUCAAUUCUUCAGUGUGCCUGUUAAUGCCGAAAUAUGUGUCUUGACUGAAAAAGUGGUGAAUUUGUCGCAUGUCGGUAUUCCGUGGAGGGUACGAAUUGCAAUCUAAAUAUUAGUUUUAAUGAAAAGAACAAUCUACCUUGUUUUAUAAGGUCCUAAGUUGUUGUCUUGCGGUUCUUGACAACAGUUGGAGAGGGUCAACUAAAUCGACUUAAAGAAAUAAAUCUUUGCUUUAAUUACACUUCCUGUUAGAUUAGGAAAGUAGUGUACAGUACAGACAGACGUAAAUCUAGUUAUAGCUUAUGCUUAAAGCAAUGUGAUGAACUUUGUGAUUUUUAGACUACAGACACUUGACUUUGCAGAAUAACUUGUACCAGGAAAUGCAGCCUGUAAUGCUGUUGUUAGAUUUAUAUUAAGAUGUGAAUCCUGUGUUAUGUGGUCAGAUAAUUUAUUCGGUGGGCCUGACCUUCUUUUACAGAUAUUUAUCGUAUCGAAUAAAACAAACCUUACCAACUUUGUCUUAAAGUUGUGAUUCUUAUUCUGUCAGUGUAAAACGCAGACUGCGGAUAGCCUGCGUAGCUGGCGGUAUUGUGUGGGUGCGAGAUUAAAGUUUUGGCGGCGGAGCCGUGUUCCAAAAAAAGGGAGUAGGGACGAG